CCGCCUGCCGCGGCGCGGAGCGGAGCCGCUGGCGCUGCCGCGCAGAGGCGGAAGUGGCAGCGGCGGCGGCGAGGCCGGGCGGCGGCGGCGGCAGGAGGGUGCUGAAGAUGGCAGGCAGCUCCUCCUCCUGGAUCGGCAGCGCUUACCUCUUCCUCCAGUCCACCUGCACCGGCGUCGCUCUGCCGGCUCUCUACGAAAGCUCCCAGAAGAGGCCCAGCAUCUUCAAGGCCCUGAAGCUGGCACUAGCAGACUCCACAGGCAGCAUGAGUGGUGUGGACAUGCUCAAAGUGCACUGCAGCCACCCCCACCUGAUAGUGCAGCUCAAGUUCUGCAAGCGGGAGAGCUGCCGCCGCUUCCUGCGGAGCUACCGGGAAGGAAGCCUCCAGAAGUCCCUCCAGAGCCACCUCCAGCUCUCCCUGGCCACGAGCACAGUGCCUCUGGAGACAGAGCUGAAGGCUGGCAGUGAGCACCUUGACAGCAUGCUGAAGGAUGAGGAUCACUGCCUGGAGUGCAUCCACAGGGAGAAGCCUGACCGCCUGCGGGACGAGGAGAUCAGCGAGCUGGAGGAGUCCCUCAAGAGCCUGACUGUUCACCAGAGCAUCAACAACAACGUGGCUGUGAAAGACUGCAUCCCUCUGAGCCCCACAGCUCUUCCUCCUUCUCCAGGCAGCUCCCUUUCCCCACAAGUCACCUUCACCUUUCAGGGACAAGAGUUCGUCAACAGAACCCUCCUGCCAGAUGACCACCAGAAGUUUGCCAAGCUGGUGUCCAAGAAGUGGAAGCAAGUGGGCCGCUCUCUGCAGAGGGGCUGCCGGGCCCUGCGGGACCCCGCCAUCGACAGCCUGGCCCUGGAGUACGAGCGAGAGGGACUCUACGAGCAGGCCUACCAGAUGCUCCUCAGGUUUAUCCAGUCAGAGGGCAAGAGGGCCACAAUAGCACGGCUGGUCUCUGCCCUGGAAGAAAACGGGCUCAUCAGCUUGGCUGAGGAGCUCCUGGGCCUGCAUUCCAAUGAGGACUGCUCCUAGAGCCCCGAGGGCAGUGGCAUUGCUAAGGGCUUCCUUGCUUUAGCUGUGUGUGGGACUGCUGCCAGGGCCUGGGAAUCACCACAGGCUCCUAUGUAGGUGGGAAUGCCCAGGGCAGAGGUUCUGUGCUCACAGAAGCCAGCAUGG